ACAAAACAACGUGGGAACAGUUUCUUUAACUUGGAUUUGUUGUCACUGAAAACUCAUCUUUGUUCCUGAGAAAUGGCUUCAUUGAAACUGCCAGAGUUUGUUCCUUCUCCUACCCAUGACAGUGAACGACUUAGAAAGGCUUUCCAAGGAUUUGGGACAGAUGAGAAGGAGGUAAUAUUGGUAUUAGGACACAGGAAUGCCCAACAAAGGAAGGAAAUCAAAGAAACUUAUCAGCAGCUUUACAAUGAAUCACUCAUUGAUCGUCUCCAUUCUGAGCUCUCCGGUGAUUUUAGAAAUGCUAUAAUUCUCUGGACUUACGAUCCUCCAGAAAGGCAUGCGAAACUGGCAAAGGAUGCAUUGAAGGCUAGGUGGAAAGGGAUUAAAGAGCUACAGGUUCUGGUUGAAAUAGCAUGUGCAUCAACUCCUAACCAUUUGAUGGCUGUGAGGCAGGCUUACUGCUCUCUCUUUGAUUGCUCACUUGAGGAGGACAUUAUAGCUUCUGUUUCUCAGCCCCUCAAAAAGCUUUUAGUAGGUCUAGUAAGCUCCUACAGGUAUGACAAAGUGGCUGUAAAUUUGGAGGUUGCUAAGUUAGAGGCAUCAAAACUACAUGAAGCAAUCAACAGUAAGCAAUUAGAUGAUGAUCACAUUGUUUGGAUACUUAGCACCAGGAGUCUUUUCCAGCUCCGGGAAACUUUUGCAUGCUACAAGCAACUCUAUGGGAAUACUAUGGAACAGGACAUAAAAAAUUGUGGUAAGGGUGAUUUGGAAUCUCUCUUAAAUGUGGCAGUAUGGUGCAUAGACUGCCCUGAGAAACAUUUUGCAAAGGUUGUAAGAGACUCCAUUCUUGGGCUUGGAACCGAUGAAGAUUCCCUCAACAGAGCUAUUGUAACUCGAGCUGAAAUUGACCUCUUGAAAGUAAGGUUUGAAUAUGCCAACAUCUACAACUCAAGUCUUGAUGAUGAUGUCAUUGGGGAUACCUCUGGAGACUACAAAGAUUUUUUAAUGACUUUGGUAGGGAAAGGUCCAAAAGAAGCCUGAUAUAUAAAUAACCAAGAAGCACCUCUCAAGGUGUUCUGGCCUUGCUUGUUAUCUGCAUUUGAUUGUCUAGACUCUGUAAUAUAUGUUGCCUCUAUAUUUCAAAUGAAUCAGAAUUGCAGGUUAAUUGAAACUAUAACCAUUUAUUUGUUAUUCUGCAUUGACCUUGUGUAAAUUAGUUGUACCUUGAUGUCUUCUCCAAGAAAACUGAAAGAACUUGGUGUAU